UGUGAUUUUUUCUCUUUUUUUUUGAUGAAUACAUUGGAUAAAACAACGCCUAUAACGACGACGACGACGACUACGACGACUUUUAAAGUCUGGAGUGAUUCUUAUCAUCAACAAAAUAACCAUCAUCUUUCAUUACUUGAUCAUCAUCAUCAUUAUAACAAUAAUCAGCCAUCAUUUUCAUCAACAUUUCCAACCACGAUUCCAGCUACAAUAACAACGUUAAAAACGGCGAUCACAACACCAUCAGAAUCGCCAUCAUCAACACCAACAUCACCAUCGCCAUCAUUAUCAUCAUCAUUGCCAAACAUGUUGUUUACAGAAUCUAGCUAUAAAUCAUCAUGGAAUUCGCCAACAACACCAUCAUCACCGGCUCAAAAUUAUCAUCCGAAUUCAAUCACUGGUAUAACAAGUAAAGCAGCAGCAGCGGCCGCUGCUGCUGCCGCUGCCGUAUCAUUGGAUCAAACAACAAAUCAUUCACAUCUAAAUGUUCGUAAUACGAUUCAAGAUCCAUAUCAAAUGUUUGGACCAACAAGCUCUCGGCUAGCAAGUUCGGGUUCAGGACAGAUACAAUUGUGGCAAUUUUUGCUCGAACUUUUAUCCGAUUCAGGCAAUUCAAAUUGUAUCACUUGGGAAGGUACUAAUGGUGAAUUUAAACUUACCGAUCCAGAUGAAGUUGCACGACGUUGGGGCGAAAGAAAAAGCAAACCAAACAUGAAUUAUGAUAAAUUGAGUCGUGCAUUACGUUAUUAUUAUGAUAAGAAUAUUAUGACUAAAGUACAUGGAAAACGAUACGCAUACAAGUUUGAUUUUCAGGGUCUUGCUCAAGCUACACAGCCUAGUCCAACUGAUACAUCAAUGUAUAAAGGUGCCUAUCAAUCGGCCGAUCUAUUUACAACAAUGCAUCAUGCAUCCGGUUAUCAUAGUGGUCAUCAUCAUCAUCAUCAUAAUCAUCAUCAUGGUACAACAACAAAAGCACAUUUAAAUUUUGCUGCUAUGCAUGCUGCUGCUGCUGCCAGUGCAUCACCAAUAUCACCAACAUCAUCUGGUACAAUAUUUCCAUCACCAACAUCAUAUUGGUCAAGUAGUGCAAAUGCAGCAGCAGCUAAUCUUUAUUCAAAUAUAGCAGCAGCAUCAAAUCAUGCUGUUGCUGCAUCAGCAGCUGCAAUUAGCCAUCAUCAUCAUCAUCAUGCAUCUAAUCAUCAUAAUCAUCAUAAUCAUCAUCAUCAUCAUCCAACAAUGACAUCACAUAUUGGAUCAUAUUCACAUUAUGCUUGAAAAAAAAAAAUUUAAAAAACCGUUGAUGUAAAUAUACAUAAUGUAUACGAAUUUUGAAAAAAAAAUUUGCAAUUUUCUGAUCUUAUCGAUGUGGAUCUUUAUGAUUUUUAUUGAUUGAUUGAUUGAUUGACAUACAGAAAAAAAACAAAACAAAACAAAACAA